CGCGGCUCUUUUACAUUUCCUUUUUAUAUUGGAAAAGCUCGUUCCUUUUGAUUUCCUCUGUAUUUUUGCAGCAACAAGAAAGUUUACUUCUGCCUGACUGAAAGUCCUAACACGUCGCCGAUAGAUAGAUCUCGAUCGGGAGGAGUAGAUUCUGGCGAGAUCUUAGGUGCAGCUGAAUUCUGAUAGAAGGUUAGAUUUUUUUUCCCUUUCCGGAUCUGGUGGAGAAAGUCUUUUGAUUUGGUUUGCGAUUGAGGGAGUGAGAAAGAUAGUCGUUCGAUCCAGUGGGAAUGGCUUUCCUUGGAACGCAGCAGAAGUGUAAGGUCUGCGAGAAGACCGUAUACCUUAUGGAUCAGUUGAUGGCGGAUGGCGUGACCUAUCACAAGUCUUGCUUCAAGUGCAAUCACUGUAAAGGAACCCUAAAGCUUAGUAAUUACUCAUCAAUGGAAGGUGUUCUAUACUGCAAACCUCAUUUUGAACAACUCUUUAGGGAGGCAGGAAACUUUAACAAGAAUUUCCAAUCACCGGCAAAAUCUUCAGAGAAGUUAACUCCAGAGCUGACGAGAUCUCCUAGCAAAGCUGCUGGCAUGUUCUCUGGAACUCAGGAAAAGUGUGCUAUUUGUUCAAAGACAGCAUAUCCCCUUGAGAAGGUGACCGUUGAAGGAUUGGCAUACCACAAAUCCUGUUUCAGAUGUUCCCAUGGAGGCUGCGCCAUUACUCCUUCAAAUUAUGCGGCUCUUGAAGGCAUUCUGUACUGCAAACACCAUUUUUCUCAGCUUUUCAAGGAGAAGGGAAGCUACAAUCAUCUUAUUAAGUGCGCCUCAGUUAAGCGCACAUCAACCUCAGUUCCUGAUAGCUAAUCUGCGAUGGGAGGCUGACCUUCCUUUUAUGUUGUUGGUAAUAUUUGUUAAAUUCGCGCCCCCAUUUGCUUUCAGUUUCCAAUGAUAUAAUUUGGAAACUCACACUAAUUUUCCUUUUCAGAUUGUGUGAGUUUCGGAACUAUGGAUGUUUUAUGUUUUGUAUUUUCAUGGCUUUUUUUAUGUGUUUAUUUUCAAAGCAGCUUGCAAAUACAGCAUGCAAAUUUGUCAAGUAAACAGCUUGCUUAAAAAAAAAAAGAGUUUGGAUUUUGAAUCUUUCUAUA